AUCCAGCCCAACGACGGCCCGGUCUUCUUCAAGGUGGAUGGGCAGCGCUUCGGCCAGAACCGCACCAUCAAGCUGCUCACGGGCUCCUCCUACAAGGUGGAGGUGAAGAUUAAGCCCACCACGCUGCAAGUCCAGAGCAUUUCCAUUGGGGGCACUCUUGUUCCCCUGGAGCUGAAGUCUAAAGAACCUGAUGGAGACAGAAUUGUUUACACCGGCAUAUACGACACAGAAGGGGUGACCCCAACCAAGAGUGGAGAGCGGCAGCCCAUCCAGAUCACCAUGCCGUUCACAGAUAUUGGGACCUUUGAGACGGUGUGGCAGGUCAAGUUCUACAAUUACCACAAGCGCGACCACUGCCAGUGGGGAAGCCCCUUCUCCGUCAUUGAGUACGAGUGCAAGCCCAACGAGACGCGCAGCCUCAUGUGGGUGAACAAGGAGUCGUUCCUCUGAGGACAAAGGCUCUUCCUUUCUGAUGUUGCUGGACAAUCUCUUCAGAAAUCUCCUUGUAGGUAAACCAGCACAAGCCUUACCCCAAGGCACGCCACACCGUCACGGUUACACCCACCCCCCCACCCCUAUGCCCCGAUGAUUUUGAACGUGUAACUCCCCCGUGCAAUCCCCCUGACAUAAAAGACCAUGGUGCAACCUCCCUGAGAAGACUCCCUCCCGUGUUCUGUGCUGGUGAGGCCACGCUCGUUGGCUCCCGGUCAGGCUGUUGCUUGCUUGCUUGUGACUGGGACUGAGUGGAAUCGCCCAUGAUGUCCCACACGUGGUGGUUCCAUGGGAUGCCUGUGACCCUCUGUUUCAGUGACUCCCCCUUUUCUGUUUAAUGUGAAAUAAAUAAUCAUGAUCUGUC